CAGUUUGCAUUUGCAUCUUUUUACUAGCAAAAGAAGUUCUGUUCUUCAAGGAAAGGCUUCUUUCAGGGAACAAAGGGAGAAAAUGCCGCUGCCGGUAACCCUGGAGCCAGGACCCAUAUAUUUCUUUGACCAGCUGAAAUCUAGAACAAAAGAACGGGGCAAGAAACUACCAGAAGAACUACCCACUGAUUUCAAUUCACUCACCACAAAUUCUCAUCCCACGGGCUUUAUUCCCAGCCUGCUUAAAUGCAGGAAUCCUGGUUGUACAGCAGAACAUGCGGAAGGAAAUGAAGACAGUUCUUUAAAAGAUGAUACAGCAAGAAGAGAGAAAUAUCCAUUUCUGCCUCAGAUAUCUGGCUCUUCCCUAUGCAAAACUAGCAGUGAAGUUCCCAGCUCAAAGCCCUCUCAAAUGCCUUCAAUCCUUCCAGCAGAUGAAGAAAUACAGCCGAGCCUGUUGGAUGAAUAUAAGUACAUGGCUCCCACCAUCUUACAUGAACUUGGAGAAAUAUUGCAGCUCUUUGCUAGCUAUGAUAUUAUUUUCCCUCAGGGAAUUGUAAAUCUCCUGAACGACAGCUGGAAGGAGCUCACUGAAGUUGCUGAUUACAGUAAAAGGCACCAGCAGUCCCUGAGGUACAAAAGCAUAAGAUCAGGGAAAGGCCAAGCAUCACAAGACUGUGACAAGAUGGCACUGGGGUCUGAAUAUAUGGAUCAUGAAAUGACUCAAUGUGCAAAAGGUCGGCGCAAGAAGAGUGCUUUACCUGCAGAUUGUGCAAAGGAAAAAAGGAAUCCUGAAAUGGCACCAAAUAAGCCUCUAGGAGACAAAGCUCCCGUUAUACAACAUGAUAUCCACUUACCUGUCACAAUCAGUUUCUCACUGUCAUCUACACUGUCUGAGGAAAGAGGUUGGAGUUUCCUGCAUUCUGACUCUAAGUCUGAAGAUCUUGAAUGGAAAGUGCCUUUUGCCUGGGCGGUGGAGAGACUACGACAAGCUCAGAUACAAAUAAACGAUCAGAUAUCUAAGCUGAAAGAAGCAGGAUUUGACCGUCCAGUCAUUCUCCGGCAUUAUGGUGAUACUGUGAGAGAAAAUAUUUCUAAGAAAUUUAAGAAGCGGACCUGCAAGACCUUAUUUGAGCUGCUGAAUGGAAAACCCCAAACACCAGCAAUCAAGCAGGCAGACCCAGCAUUACGAAAACUACAUUAUGGGCUGAUUGAUGGCUCAUCUUUGAUUUACUAUCCUUCUGGGCAUCCUGCAGUCUGCCAAAGCUAUUCCGAUCUCCCAGGUGGUGGUGUGUACACCAAUAUAUUCACUGCCUCUCCAGAUCAGACUAUACUUGGAACCUUUACACCUUUUGGACAUGGCAGUAUUUGCCUUCAUAACAGUAACAUCAUAGCAGUGAUGUUUAAUCAGGAAGGAGGCAUGGUGACUAAUAAAGAUGGAGAAAUAGUCAGAGAAUGGAUAUGGCCUCCGGUGGGAAAGCUUAGUGAUCCAGUUUUAAUGCAGGUUAAUGACUACAUCACUGUGAGGAUUGCAGGGCGCUUUGCUAUUAGCUUGGUCUACAAGUGGCAACAUGAAAGCGUGCGGUUGUCUUUGUCACCACUACAAGGUGUGGCUCUUCCACAAUUAGAAGAACUGGGCCAGAUACUCACCAGAGUUAAACUUUCAUCCAAAUCAGCUAAAGAAUUCUCUAAAGUAAGCAGGAAAAAAUUGAGAGAGAAAGAAACAAAGAAGGUUCUAAAGAAAGAACCAAAGUUAUCAGAGUUGGUGAAGACACUUGAAAUUCCAGAGGAGAACAUAAGCCAUAUAAAUGACUUCAGUGCAGCCAGAGAAUUAAGAAAACUACAGCAGAAGAUCAAGACUAUUUUGGAUGACUGGCUGGAACAUUAUCGAAUGGUUUUUGAAAUUGGCUCGCCACACAUUCACAAAAAGCCUGGCCUUCCUCAGAGAGCUUUAAGAAAACGCACAGUGCAGUCUGCAGCUGCUUCCCUGGUUACCUCAAUUGUACAGAGAGCACAAGAGAAGAACAGAGAGGACAGUGGAGACCACGAGUCAGACAGCUCUCUCCUGCUAGCUCGUUUUCAAUCAGCUCCUGCUCACAACAUGCAGGGGGAGCUGUCGCCUUAUUCUCCCAGAAUUUCUUCUUUAGUAAACAGCAAUAUCAAACCAGAUCAGCCAAAUGUGCCUCAGUUCAGUUUAAAUAAAUACACCCCUGUAUUACAGAACUCCUACGUAUCUGGCGAUAAGCUAUUGUUUACAUCCCACAGUGCUUGCCCUGUUGUCCUUCGGAAAAUACUGAUGGGGCUGGAAGGAAAGAUAUGCAGAUGUAGUAAUCAUCAGAUUCCAUAUGUAUCAGACCUGGAGUAUGAUCACCUUAUUAACAACCAGAUGUCUGCCCUGGAACAAAUCAUGGUGGUCUGUGUGUCUUCUUCAUUGAAAACAAAUGGGGAUCCAAGUGAAGACAAAUUAGAGCAGCUCCACGAGAGGAAGAACAGGAACCGAAGUAUGCCGUGUAUUCAGGGUCGCCUGGACUCCUAUCGUCUCCUCAAAUAUGACAUCACCUCUGCAGAUGAAUUUACCGGUCAUAAAGGUUCAUUACUGGUGCAAAGGCAUAAUGUUGCUCCCGGCAUGUUUUUGAUGUACAUUCAAGGAAAGCUGCUCUUUGCCAAUUAUAUUUUCAAUGGAUAUAGCAAGUCAGCUAAAGACCUUCAAAAACAAAUAGCAAAGACCAGGAGUGAUUACCAUAUGGGCUACUGUCUACCCAAUGAUUUCAGAUUCAGUGAGGGGCCAUGUUUCAGUCUCAUAAAUCAGGAUGACUCACUACCGAAGCAUAGUGUAUCCUCCGCUUUGUCUCUCUACUUACCAGGGUGUUUGAAUUGCAAAAGAUGUUCUUGAUGAAGUCCUUCAUUACUGACUAUGCUUUUGCAAGGCUGAGUAUUUUUGAAAAUCUCACUCUGGGAAAAGGAGUACUAGCAUGGACACGCUGCUGCUGUGAUGUCAUCUAGACCAGCUCUGAGCAUAAUCAGUUGACAUAUUUGUCAGAGUAGCGGUGGCUGAUCUAUAUUUGAGCUCCCAGUGUGGCUGCCACUUAUAGUAGUGCAAGGUUGGGGCAUUUUUAGAAAAAUGCUAGGACAGAGACAGCUUACUAUGGGCUUGACUGUCCAUGAUCCGAGAUCAAUCCACCUCCUGGAAGAACCUCUGGGAGGGGAAACUUGCACAGGAUACUUUGUGGGUUUGCCAAGGGAUGAUGCCCCAGCUGUUCCCCUUAGCCACCCCACCUCCAUAACCUGUGGAUUCCCAACGGUGCAGGGAAAGAGUGUGUAUGCCAUGUUAACUCUCUUUCGUCUCCCUCCCAAUACCUUUUGGCCCACUGGAGUGGGAUUUUGACUAUGUUCAUCCCCUCCAUGGUGUGAAGUGGAGAGAAUGAUGUCCACACACAGUUUCUACAGUUGGGAAGAUCAGACACCAGUGACAUCAGUGGGGAUUAGUAUUGCGAAUGAGCAAGCUGAUCCAGGCAGAUUGCAGACGUUCUCCACCCAAACUCAAACUGAACUUUUUGGAACUUUGCAUUUCUCCUCACAACCUCUCCCCUCUGCCCCCAAUUUUUACAUGGGUCAGUUGUUUCUAAGUGCCGGGCAAAAACGGAAGCAGAAUACCAAGCCAGAGCUGUUCUUUUAGCGUUUCCAUCCCAAAUGAAAGCAGAAGCUACUAGAAACAUUGCAAGGAAUUGUUCUUUUAAGCUUUCCAGCCUGGGUUUUAAUACACAGAUCCAAGAGGUCAAGAUAUUUCAGAUACCCUUUGGGUUAAUACAGUAUCUGAACCCUAGGAUGCACACCCAGAAUAGACCUAUUGUACAGAACUAAUUAGCAUGGAGGAGAAGGGACAGAAUUUGUUCAAGAUAGAAAUGACCUAUGAGAUCAAAAUUCCAUGCCCAAGAUAGAUAAGAUAGUGCCCUUCCCCAAUACUUCCAUUUCCCAAAGAGAGAAUGUAUCGAAUGUUAAAUUAACAAGAAAUCUUACCCAAAGAGCUGGAGAAAAGUGCAGGAGAUGGAAUGGUACUGGUGUGGGGGUGCCUUUUCCAGGACUGCCUGCUUGUGCUGAUGCUGUUUUCUUUAUUUGAACCUAACUAAUCAGCAUCUUUGCCACACAAAUCAGCGUUAUCUCUGAAACGAUGAUAAGGCUGUGGAAAAGGAAGCUCUGUGUGCGUCACUAGGCUUAGAGCAGCCGGAGGGGGUCUGUGUGUGCAUUUAUGUAAUUAAUAUAGCUUCCAGAUCCAAUAGUUUGCCUCUUUGCAGGUUACCCAACAGUUACAUGGAGUGUCUGAGGUCUCUUUUCUACCGUAGUAAAUCCCCCUCCCCAAUAAGGUCUCCUCUUGCUCCCCCCUCCAUUGGUGCUGCAUCAGCACCAUGACCCAGGCUCAUGACUUCCAUAUAAUUUUUUCAGUUUCUAUUUCCCUGAACUUCCAGGAAGUGCCCAAUCCAAACUGGGUCUCUCUCCACCACAUCAAGAAUCUAGUACUUCCUUGCUUCUGUUUCCAUCACUAAAGUGCCCCUCGACGCUUUGCACAUCUUCUGCCUGAGCUACUGCAUCCUUUUUCUCUCUGGCCUUUCACCUUGCUCCCCUUUCCAGUCCAUUCAGAACGCUGUGGCUGAAAGUUAAAAAUUUAGUUCUCUUACCUGUAAUUUUGUCUUACAGGGAGGCAAAAUGUUCCUUCUCUCCUUGUUAGGUCGGUCUGCCUGUUAGCACCCUCUACUGGCAUGCCUGGUAAAUGGCAUUGAUGUUGCUUCCCAGGUUAGGUUGCCAAAGCUAAGAAGAAUGAAGAAAAAGCUAGAAACUACAACGAUUAGCUCUUGAAAAAAUCAGGCUGAAUGUGCUUCCCCUCUCCUCACAAUGUGUAAAAUAAAACCAGAUUUUCCACAGCCUCUGUCAUAAAUACAAGCCUCUCUCCCCCACCAGAAAAUCUGAAUAGGACUGUUUACUAUCUCCACAUGGCAAAACAUUCACAAGUUGCUAAACACAA